UAAAAGCUGCUUCCUGUUUGGGCAUGAGUCCGGCGUGUGUCUGGUUUUGAGCUGCGGCGAUCCCGGGACUGGGAUAAGGCAGCUCCAGUCCCUGGAAGGCCAGAGACUUGCCAGUGUCCCACUAGCGGGCUCUUUACAAGAAUCUCCCCGGGCCCGCCGCAGCCAGGUGGCGGCCGGCAGAGGGCGCUGCUGGGGCAUGGCGGAGGAGCGGCCGGGGGCCUGGUUCGGCUUCGGUUUCUGCGGCUUCGGGCAGGAGCUGGGCUCCGGACGCGGACGCCAGGUGCACAGCCCCAGUCCGCUGCGGGCGGGCGUCGACAUCUGCCGCGUGAGCGCGAGCUGGAGCUACACCGCUUUCGUGACCCGUGGAGGCCGCGUGGAGCUGUCGGGCUCAGCCAGCGGCGCGGCGGGAGGCUGCAAGGACGCGUGGGCCUCUGAGGGGCUCCUCGUGGUGCUGCGCGCCGGGCCGGGACCGGAGGCGUUACUGCAGGUCUGGGCGCCCGAAUCGGCGCUGCGUGGGGAGCCCUUGUGGGCCCAGAAUGUGGUGCCCGAGGCCGAAGGGGAAUCCGAUCCGGGCAGUGAGGCCCAGGCUGGGAGGCUACCCCUGCUGCCCUGCGCCCGUGCCUACGUGAGCCCGCGGGCGCCCUUCUACCGGCCUCUGGCUCCGGAGCUGCGGGCACGCCAGCUGGAGCUGGGCGCCGAGCACGCGUUGCUGCUGGACGCGGCUGGCCGGGUGUUCUCCUGGGGCGGGGGCAGGCAUGGACAACUGGGCCAUGGGACCCUGGAGGCAGAGCUGGAGCCACGGCUGUUGGAGGCGUUGCAGGGCCUAGUCAUGGCUGAGGUGGCCGCGGGGGGCUGGCAUUCUGUGUGUGUGAGUGAGACUGGGGAUAUUUAUAUCUGGGGCUGGAAUGAAUCAGGGCAGCUGGCCCUGCCCACCAGGAACCUGGCAGAGGAUGGAGAGACUGUCGCAAGGGAAGCCACAGAACUGAAUGAAGAUGGUUCUCAGGUGAAGAGAACGGGCGGGGCUGAGGAUGGAGCCCCUGCCCCCUUCAUAGCUGUCCAGCCCUUCCCAGCAUUACUGGAUCUCCCCUUGGGCUCAGAUGCAGUCAAGGCCAGCUGUGGAUCCCGGCACACAGCUGUGGUGACACGAACAGGGGAGCUCUACACCUGGGGCUGGGGUAAAUAUGGACAGCUGGGCCACGAGGACACCACCAGCUUGGAUCGGCCCUGCCGUGUGGAAUACUUUGUAGAUAAGCAACUCCAAGUAAAGACUGUCACCUGUGGGCCCUGGAACACCUACGUGUAUGCUGUGGAGAAAGGGAAGAGCUGACGUGUGUAUGUAUAUGUAUAUACAACACCUGUGAAACCCCCAUUCAGGUCAAGGAAGACCAUUGCCUGCACCCCAAGGGCCCGGUAUUUGCUCCUCCCCAUCACAGCCCUGCCCUCCACCCUCAAGCCCGGUCCUAAACUUGGCUGCACUUUAGAAACAGCUGGAGAGCAUUGAAAACUCUGCUGCCUAAGGUCAGCAUCAAUGAAAACAAUGAAAUCAAUGAAACGAUGAAAUCAAUGAAACAAUGAAAUCAGAGCCUCUAGGUGUGUGGCCUGGAUGGUGGUAGAUUCAAAGCUCCGCCCACCUCACCCCAGGUACAUUUGAUGUGCAGCUGAGAUUGGGGCACAUUCCAGGUCAUCUUCCUUUGUCAGUCACUUCCCUGCUUUCGUUUGAAUUUUACCAUGCUUGUAUGCAGCCUUAUACAACAUAGUUGUGUUUGCUUUUGAGUGUUAGGUAAAUGGAAUCCUGUAUAUGUGCUUUUGUGUCGUUUUUGUCACUCAGCAUUGUGUGAUCCAUCCUUGUUGGGUCCUGGAGUUCAUUCAUUUUUAAUGCUAUAUGGUGUUCUGUUGUAUGAAUAACACCUCAAGUGAUACAGCCUUGUUGAUGGUCAUUUUUAUUGUUUCUGAUUUUGGUCAUUCCACAUAAUACUUUGAGCAGUCUUCUGCACAUGUGCACAAGUUCCUUUGCAGAACAUCGAGUUGAAUUGCUAAGUCAAGAGAUACCUUUAAUUUUACUAGAUAACUGUUGCCCCCAGCAGGGUGGGGUCUACUGUGGCUGAAACGUCAGGUCGAUGCACACUGGUUUUAAUUUGCAUUUCCCUGGAUACUGAUGAGGUUGAGUAGCUUUUGUGUUUUGGAUGGCUGGGCGUGGUGGCUCACACCUGUAGUCCCAGCACUUUGGGAGGUUAAGCAGGGAGAUUGCUUGAGGCGAAGAGUUCAUAUGUUUAUUGGCCACUUGGAGUUUUUCUGUUGUGAAGUGCCUGUUCAAGUUUUCUGGCCUUUUAAAAUGUUCUGUAUUUUCCUUAGUCAUUUUUCUUUUGGAUAUUUCAGAUAAAGUCUUUUGGGAGUUAGUAUUCAGAGUAUCUUCUGCUACAAUGUAGUUUGUUUCAGUCUCUCUUGGUAUUACCAAUUUUAAUACUUAGGUGAUGUUUACUCCGUGCCAGGUAAGGCUCAAAGUGCUUCACAAGUAUCAACUUAUUUUGAUAAAAUAAGCUUAUCAGUAGUUUUCUUUAUGGUUAAAUUGUAUUUGUGCAUGUGUGUGUGUGUGAUUUAGCAAAUGUUUCCCACCCAUGGGGUCUUUUUUUUCUUUUUUAUUGUGGUAAAAUAUACUGAACAUAAAAUUUAUGUUCAAUAAAAAACAGAAAAAUUGUUUUUAACCAUUUUUAAGUACAUAGUUCAGUGACAUUAUAUGCAUUCACUGUUGUGCAACUGUCACCCCUAUGCAUUUCCAGAACUUUUUCGUCAUUCUAUGCUGAAACUCUGCGCAUUAAACACUUAACUCGCCACUCUCCCCUUCCCCAGCCCCUGGCAACCACAGUUCUAACCUUGUUUCUAUGACUACUGUAAUGCCUCAUGUAAGUGAAAUCCCAUAGUAUUUGUCUUUUCAUGACUAGCUUCUUUCACUUAGCAGCAUGUCCUCCAAGUUCAUCCAUGAUGUAGCUUAUGUAUCUAGACUUCCUGCCUUUUAAAGGCUAGGAUUCUGUUGUAUGUAUACACUGCGUUUUAUUCAUCCGUGCAUUGGUGGAUAUUUGAGUUGUUCGCUACAGUGAAUAAUGCUGCUGUGAACAUGGGUGUACAACUCUCGAGUCUCUGCUUUCAGUUCUUUUGGAUGUAUACCCAGAGUGGAAUUGCUUGUGUGGUCAUUCUAAUUUUUUUUGAGGAACUGCCAUACUGUUUCCCACAGAGGCUGCAUCAUUUUACAUUCGCACUGGAAGUGCACAUGAAUCCUAAUUUCUCCACAUCUGCGUCCACACUUGUUUUCUAUUUCUUGGUUAACAGCCAUCCUAAUGGGUGUGAAGUGGUAUUUCAUUGUGUUUUUUUUUUUUGGACAGAGUCUCUUUGUUGUUCAGGCUGGAGUACAGCCUUCACCUCCUGGGCUUAAGCCAUCCUCCCGGGUAGCUGGGGCUACAGGCACAUGUGACCACAUCUGGCUAGUUUUUUGUAUUUUUAGUAGAGAUGGGGUUGUGCCAUGUUGCCCAGGCUGGUCUCGAAUUGCUGGGCUCAAGCGAUCCACUUGCCUUAGCCUCCCAAAGUACUAGGAUUAUAGGCAUGAGCCUUCGUGCCCGGCCAAGCCAUUUUUUAAAAUGGACAAAAGUCAACAAAGAUGACAGAAGGAUAGCAAAUGAAAGCAUAUGAAAAGACACUCUACAUCAUUAGUCAUUAGGGAGUUGUAAAUGAAAACCAUAGUGAGACACCACUUCAUACACAGAAUAACUAGAAUUAUAUAAAGGCUGAACAUACCAACUGUUGGUGAAGAUCUGGAGAAACUGGAACCUUCAUACAUUACUGGUAGGAAUGUAAAAUGGUACAACUGCUUUGGACAACAGUUUGGCAUUUCUUUCUUUUCUUUUUUUUUUUUUUGAGAUGGAGUCUUGCUCUGUUGCCCAGGCUAGAGUGCAGUGGUGCAAUCUCAGCUCACUGCAACCUCCGCCUCCCGAGUUCAAGCAAUUCUCCUUCCUCGGCCUCCUGAAUAGCUGAGAUUACAGGUGUCCACCACCACACACAGCUAAUUUUUGUAUUUUUAGUAGAGACGGGGUUUCACCAUGUUGGCCAGGCUGGUCUCGAACUCCUGACCUCGUGAUCUGCCCACCUUAGCCUCCCAAAGUGCUGGGAUUACAGGCGUGAGCCACUGUGCCCGGCCAAGUUUGGCAUUUCUUAAAAAGUUAAGUGUACACCUACCAUAGAUGUGAUCCAGCCACUUCACUCCUAGGUAUUCAGAAAAAAAUAUAUAUCCAUACAAAGACUUGUACAUAAAUGUUUAUAACAGCCUUAUUUUUAAUAGCCAAAAACUGGAGAAAAGCCAAAUGUGAAAAAUAAACCUGACAGGCAAAUAAACUGGUAUAUCGACAUCAUGGAAUACUAAGCAAACAAAAAAAAACAACAAAAAAAAACUAUGGAUA